AUGACUUACGACGGUGGUUCUACUUACAGCAGCGGCGGCGGUCGUUACAAUAGCUAUGGAAAUGGUGGUGGUUACGGUGGCGGCCGUAACGGAGGCUCUGGUGGCCGUGGUGGAAGUGGUGGCUAUGGUAGCGGAUACAGAGGUGGAAACGGUGGUGGCCGUGGUUUCGGCGGUAGAGACAGUGGCUACGGUGGUGGUGACAGAAUGAGCAACUUGGGUGAUAACUUGCAAAAGCAAGAAUUCGACCUUGACAGCUUGCCAAAGUUCGAGAAGAACUUCUACCAAGAAAAUGAAGUUGUUGCCAACAGAUCCGAUGAGGAGGUCGCUGCUUUCAGAAAGCAACAGAACAUGACUGUGUAUGGAACCAAUAUUCCCAAGCCAGUUGAAACUUUCGAGGAAGCCGGUUUCCCACCUUAUGUUUUGAAGGAAAUUCAACAGCAAGGAUUCCCCAACCCCACUGCUAUUCAGUCUCAAGGUUGGCCCAUGGCUUUGUCUGGUAGAGAUGUUAUUGGUAUUGCUUCAACUGGUUCUGGUAAGACUCUCAGUUACUGUCUUCCUGCUAUUGUCCACAUUAAUGCUCAACCUUUACUUUCUCCUGGCGAUGGUCCUAUUGUUCUUGUUUUAGCUCCUACCCGUGAGUUGGCUGUUCAGAUUCAACAAGAAUGUAGCAAGUUUGGUCGUUCUUCUCGUAUCCGUAACACCUGUGUUUACGGUGGUGUCCCUCGUGGUCAACAAAUCAGAGACUUGGCUCGUGGUGUUGAAAUCUGUAUUGCCACUCCUGGUCGAUUGAUUGAUAUGAUUGAAAGUGGAAAGACCAAUUUGCGUCGUGUUACUUAUCUUGUUUUGGAUGAGGCAGACCGUAUGCUUGAUAUGGGUUUCGAGCCUCAGAUCAGAAAGAUUGUCGACCAAAUUCGUCCUGACCGUCAAACUCUUAUGUGGUCUGCUACCUGGCCUAAAGAAGUUCAACGAUUGGCUCACGAUUACCUUAAGGAUUAUAUUCAAGUGAACAUUGGUUCUUUGGAGCUUUCUGCUUCUCAUAAUAUUAAGCAAAUCGUCGAAGUUGUCAGCGAGUAUGAGAAACGUGACAAGAUGGUUAAGUUCCUCACUGACGCCAUGGAAGACAAGAACUCUAAAAUCCUUAUUUUCACAGGUACUAAGAGAGUUGCUGAUGAUAUUACCAAGUAUCUUCGUCAAGAAGGAUGGCCCGCUCUUGCCAUCCACGGUGAUAAACAACAAUCAGAACGUGACUGGGUCCUCAACGAAUUCAAGACUGGUAGAUCUCCAAUCAUGGUUGCCACUGAUGUCGCUUCUCGUGGUAUUGGUACGUAUUUGAAAUGCCCUGGUUAG